AUUUCCGCGCUCGAUUCGGACGCACGUCUCUUUGCGUUCCGUUUCGCUUCGGCUUCGUCGUGUGUGUGUUGCGCGAAUAAGAUUGUGAAUGUGUUUGCGUGUUUUUAUGCGUAACGUUACGUUAAUUGUUGUUGAUAUUAAAUACUUUUUGUAAACGAAACCAAAGAGUAUAUUGCCUGCACCUGCCCAUCAUAAAAUGCACAUUAUAAACAGCAGCAGCAAAAACAACAACAGCACGCAAGUGCAAUGCCGGCAAAAACAAAGUAAUGCUUAAAGUUGUCUGUGUGAAUUUUGUGCGUAUGUGUCUCCCUCUCUUUGGCCAAAAAUAUUUACCGUAACACGCAAAGCAAAGUGCAAGAAAAUCACCAACAGCAACCACAAUAACAACAACAACAAGAACAACAACAGAAAGCCAAAAGCCGGUAAAGGCAAUAAAAAUAAAGUCUUAUUCUUUGUCUUUGUUUCUGAUUGUGUGUUUGUGCGUGUGUUUCGAUUGUGACAAACGUUUGCAACAAUAAUAAUAUUAAAAUAACAACAACAAAAGCAUCAACAUGUUCGCCAACCAAACUUCACAACAACAACAACAGCAACGUCUGCCCUGGAGAAGAAGAAUAAUGACAACAACAACAACAAAUGCCGCCCAACUUGUGAUAUUCAAUAGUCUGUUGUUCUCGUUGUUGUUGUUGAUGCUGUCAACAGCAACACAGGCACACCCCCAACCCCAAGAGGGCGCCCACAUUGCUGCUUUGGCAGCCCCCGGACCAGUUGCCGGACCAGGACCAGUACCAGGUUCCACCUCUACUGCGUCUGGCGGUUCCUCGAUCCUCGACCAAUUCAGUCCCAACUGCACCGCCGUCUCGCACAUUUUCCAGGCGCGUGGCAUCGAUGCCAAUGAGAUACCACAAAAGCCCAGUAAUGAGCGUGUGCUACGUUAUUGUGAAUCUCCCUCGGUGGGCACCUGCUGCACCUACAACAUGGAGACUCGGAUGGCGGGUCAAUCGCGCCAGCAGCUCGAGUGGCACACAAAGGAGCAGAUAACGAAAAUGUCUGUGCUGCUGGGCGGUAAAGCAACCAAAUUUAAUGAUAUUUUUCGCAAAUUGCUGCUGGAAUCGAAGGCACAAUUUCAUACGAUGUUUAUGCGGACAUAUGGCGUCAUCUAUCAACAGAAUUCAUAUGUCUUUUCGGAUCUGUUCAACGAACUGGAGAACUACUAUGCACGCGGUCGUGUCGAUCUGCUGGAGGUGAUGGACAAGUUCUUCAACACGCUCUAUCAAAAGAUGUUCACGGUUCUGAAUGCACAGUACGACUUUGACGAAAAAUACAUGCAGUGCGUCAGCCAACAUAUGAAGGAACUGAAGCCAUUCGGUGAUGUGCCUGACAAACUAUCCGUCCAAAUCAAACGCUCCUUUGUUGCCACACGCACUUAUGGCCAAGCUCUUGCCACUGCAUCCGAAGUUUCCAAGCGUAUUUUGAACAUUCGUCUUAAUCCGGACUGCACGGGUGCAUUGACCAAAAUGCAACAUUGUGGCGCUUGCAAGGGCUACACGGAGAAACCAUGCACCAAUUAUUGUGUGAAUGUGAUCAAGGGAUGUCUGCACUAUCUGCAUGAGUUCGACGCCGAGUGGGAGAACUUUUCCCUGGCCAUGGAUAAGGUGGCGGAACGUAUGCUCGGCUCUUUCAACAUUGUGAUGGUUGUGGAACCCAUCAAUAUCAAAAUCUCCGAGGCCAUCAUGAACUUCCAGGAUUCUGGCCAGUCCAUUACCAAUCGUGUUUUCCAGGGCUGUGGUCGACCCACUUUACGACGUGCCAAACGCUCUCCUAAUCCCAAACUGAUGCUGGCGCCAUCGGCUGCCGCUGUGCAGGAACUGCGAGAAGAGAACGCUCCGGAGGCAGACACAUUGGACAUUGAUGCCACCUUGGAUGAGGCGAUUGUGCUUCGCGAGCGACGUGCGGCGGAUCCUGGUUCCCAAGAGUCCACAUCGCCGCAAUCGCAGGAGCAGGGGGUGACAAUGUCUGGCAAUGGCAAUGGCAACGGUAAUGGCAACGGUAAUGGCAAUGGAAAUGCAGGGGGAGGCGGAGGUGGAGGUGGAGGUGGCAACAGACGUCAACAGCAACGACGCAAGCAGCAGCAACAGAAACGGAAACAACAACAACAACAGAACAAUCGCAAUGAUAACGAUGAUGAUGAUGGCGAUAAUAUGGGCGGCAACAGAGACCCAAUUCUGGACAAGAUUGUGCGAGAUAUACGUCAGCGUAUUAAGGACUACAAGAAAUUCUGGUCGAAUCUGCCACACUCGAUAUGCAGCAACGAGGACAUAGCUGCAUCCUCCGAUGUGGAUGGCAUGUGCUGGAAUGGACACACCAUAGACAGAUAUAUGCACUCUGUGACUACGGAGCAUGGUUCAAAUCCCGAGUUUAAUGGCAAUCCAGUGAGCACACGGCAAACGGCUCAGAUGUCCACGCAGCUGUUCCAUCUAAAAAAUGCAAUCACUUAUCUGCGCAAUGCCUACAACGGCCAGGAUGUAGAUUGGAGCGAGCAAGAGGAACCCUAUAUGGGCAGCGGCGCCGGCUCCGGCUCGGGCUCUGAGGAUGACGAAGACGACGAGGAAGGCUCUGGUUUGGGUCCGUUCGAUCCCAGCCACAAGCCAGACGUGGAGCAUCCGUCGGUGCGUGUAGAUGCCGAGAAUGAUGAUGACGAGGAUACGCAUCCGUCAGUUACCACACAUACAUCGCGUCCCAAUGUGGAUGACAAGAAUCCGCUGGUGCAUACCACGCACAUCACACACGAUCAUAAUGAUCUCGAUGAGCCGCAUAAUGCUGACGAUGAUGAUGAUACUGAUGAGGAGGACGACGGCAGUGUCCACAACUCGUCAACAGAUGGCGCGACGAGGAGCUCCAGUGCACCGGAAAAGAUGUCGCUCCGCCGUGCUCUGAUCGUCUAUUUGCUGCCACUUUAUAUGGCGUGGUUCGGUGGCGUGUGCGCCGAUUUGCUGUGAUUAUUCAAACGCUGCCCACAACGAUAAACGAAGCGAGCUAGCGAACAAGUGCAGCACAGCGCGAGGUGGAACAUAUCACGCCCCCGCCCCGCCCCGUCCGCUGCACGCCCACACCUCUCAGUCAUUCAUCCAUGAAACAAAAAUGUUAUUAGAACUUCUUAUAUACAAUACGAAAUGCAAGUCCAAAAUUUUAUAAAAACUUUUGUCAAAGCAAUGAAAAAAGCAAUCAGAUUAUGACAGUUAAGGCCAACACUUUCAAAGAGCAUCAAUUAUUAAAUAGGUUACGAUUAUCUGUUUAAUCGUAUCGAAUCGAAUCGACUUGUCCUGUUAAUUGAUUCUGAUUCCCUUUGAAUCCGUUGAGCAAGAACUGUUGGAUGAAAGGAAUACGUAACGAGCCCCCAUUUAGCUAUUAAGUUCAGCGCCCUAAGUCUAAGUGCGAAAUUUGUAAGAUAUAAGUGAAUGAAUGCGAAUGUAUGAGUGUUUGAGUGGCUAUGUGAGUGCCUGAGUGAGUGCCUGUUCAUUGUGAUCGUUUAGCAAAAAUUAACUAUAUACAUUUUAGCCCCUAAACUAAGCAAACUUAUAUAUGUAUUAUAUAUAUAAACAUAUAACACACAUAUUAUACCUUAUAUACAUACAAAUACGUAAAAGUUGGCAGCAUAUUUAAACCAUUAACCAUAAAUAACAACACCAGCAAAUACAAGAAACAUAAGCAGCAAUAACAAAUUUCUAAAUAUACUGGACUGUAAUUUAGUAACAUAGUGAACGUAUCUUUUAAAUCGAUA